GUUCGUAUGGCGCGGCCGGUUCCAGCUCGAGACGCUUGCGAGAGCCCUGGAUCCAGGCAGCUCCGCCUUCAGGCCAUGGCGCAUGCCUCUGGGCCUGGCGCCAGGCUCCGCCCGCGCGGCCGCGUGCGAGUGUCCGCAGUGUUCGCGGCGGCGCUCGGCGCCAUCUGGUGGCAGCUGCCGACGGACUCCGGAGAGGACCGCGCCACCGCCUUCGCGAGGCGACGCGAGCCGGAGCCGGAGCCGCAGUCUUCACAGGCCUGGCCGCUGGCGGGCCUCGGGCUGGCGGUGGCAGCCUGUGGGGCGGCCGCCGAGAUGCACCGCCGGGACCUCGGGGACGAGGAAGUCGCAGUCCUUGAGGAGGCCGUACGCCAUCCCCGACGGCCAGCGCUCCUCGGGUGCGGGCUGGCCCAGGGACCCUUCGGCGGAGCUUAGCACGAUCUUCGGCUUCAUCCAGGACUCAAGACGUCGUGCUGCGCCCGUUGGACGAACGGCUACCUGGGCGCCCGUUCGAGUACGACUUCCACUCGUUCCCCUUCACGCCGAUGGUGCUGGUGAUCGGCAAUCACUCCUCUGGGAAGUCAACUUUCAUCAACCGAAUGUUCGAGGACCUGCAAGAGACAGGGGUGGCCCCAACGGACGACGGGUUCACGAUCCUGGAGAGGCACGCGAGGGACCAGCAGGAGGACGGACCCACGGUGAUGGGGUGCCCCGAGAAUCGCCCCUACGCCGAGCUUCGGCGCUUCGGGCAGAUCUUCUCGGGCCACUUGAAGAGGAAGCGGAUCGUCCUGAAGCGGCGUGCCUUUCGGACUUCAGAUCGUUGACACCCCUGGCAUGAUCGACCUGCCAGCAAACACGGGCACCCCCGGUGCAAACACCCGCGGCAGAGGAUACAAUUUCGUGGACGUGGUGCGGUGGUGGGCAAAACGUUCUGACCUCAUCCUGUUACUAUUCGACCCAGACAAGCCAGGCACUACGGGCGAGACCCUGGAGGUUUUGACGAAGUCUCUCGAAGGGCUGAACCACAAGUUCCUGAUUGUUCUCAACAAGGUAGACAAACUGGACAAUUCGGUGGACUUUGCUAGGGCGUAUGGUUCUCUGGGCUGGGCGCUGUCGAAGGUAAUCAAGUGGAAGGACAUACCACAGGUCUACACUGUGUACAACGAAGGCUUUGAAAAUGCAGCGCGCGCUGCCCGUUCAAUGCUUCCCAUGGAGGUUUUCUCGAAGAAGCGCGAAGAGCUCCUUGACGAGGUUAUGCGCGUGCGGGAGCGGCAUAACGAUAAUAUCAUCACCGCCUUGGAGGAGACCCUCAGACAAGUUGAGAUGGUCUGCACAGUUAUCGAGACCAUUCGCUCUCGCGCGUGCAGGCGCAAGGUGCUUCUCCAAGCUGGAGCCGUGGUAGGCAUGGGAGUCCCUGUACUCGUAGCGGUGUGGCUCUUAAUCUCUGGUGCAGUGGUAUGCCCAGACGCUUGGGCCUGCUUUGGUGUCACCUUCAUCUACAUAAUGCUCUGUUUUGGGUGUGCAGCUUGCUUGCGGGAGUUCUACGGACAAUACCAUAUGCUACUGACGACCAGCGUGGAUGCCGUGUUCAGGGAGCGUUACUCACAGUUCUUCAUCCACGACGACGGGGAGGAUUUCCAGUACAGGUGGCAGGUCGUCUCCCCGAAGGUCCAGAACAUCCUCGAGUCGGUGCAGUCCCUCUCCUACCUGCCGCGCUUCCGCAAGUGGGAGAUGACCCGGAUCUCGGAUUGCUUGCAGAACGACGUGUGGUAUCUGCGCCAAUUGGCUCGCAAAUUGCGGGAGCCAGACCCCCCCACGAGCGAAGGCAUCAAUUCCAGAGAACAGCCUGACUCCUCCACGAGGAAGACGCAGUAAGGGUAUUGGAGAAUUGUGCAGCUCGUAUUUAUAGUCGCGCUUAUACUCCUAUUUUUUAAAUCGCCAGAUCACAGGAACGGAUCUCCUAAUUCAUUUUGUCUCAAGGGUUCUGCCCUCUGCCGCGGUCCCCCCCAGGCCGAGCCACCUGGUGUCCAAAUUGCGUAAAGAAGCAGGAUCGCAGUCCACCAGCACGCUGGACAGCCUUGCACCCCCAAAAAAGAGAGCCAGCGGAUUUCAGGAUACUCCGCUCUCCCGAAGCAGCUUCGGACGAGUCGGGGCCUCGCGUGCGCCGCCCCAGGGCGUCGGUGUCGCCUGCAGUUGCGCGAGGGCUGUGCAGCAAGAGCAGGCGGCUGGGGCCUGGAGCGGGGAGGCGGGGAGGAGGAGGAGUGUUUCGUAGGCUCUGGAGUUGCGCAUGGCGUAGUUGAGAUCCUCAAGUGCAGCUGCAGCUGUGUCUGGAAAGGGCAAGCGCAGUCUGGACGCGUGAAGCUUGGUGUGUCCGAGUGUGAGCGUACGUGACACGAACACAUGCCCGACAUCACACCAACGGGAAGAUAUCGCGCAUCAUGCGCGAGUUGGGUUGGCGAUGUAGUAUUUUUCGCCGCGAGCGUGGCUGAUUCUCUGUGCGUCCUGGUGGUCGCAGCCGAUGCGGUAGGUGCGCACUCCUGCAAACCAGCUGUUACGUGCGCAGC